AUGACAUUAUGCCCACGGACAGGACUAGGCCGAAAUCAUGAAUGGAAAUCGAUAUGUGUCCAGUUUCGCAGCCAGCGGCGCUGGAACUCAUUGUUGAGCCAUCGAGAAAACGAGAGGGCUGUGAAUGUUCUUUAUCAGAAAUUGACACAGCAUGGCCAACACACCGUCCGAAUACAGCCCAGGAUCGAAUAUGCUCCUCUCUACUUGAAAGUCUUGAACAGCGGAUUGAGUUACCGCAUCGAUGACUCGGUGCUAGUCAAGCGUUCGAGGGAAAAGCUACUCGUGUUGUUGGAGUCAGUCACAUUUCAUGUGUUUUGCGUCCUUGAGUGUUUGAAGAAUGGCAAAGAGGUUCACCAAAUACAUGUUGGUUUUUUCGAAAGGGUCAUUGAAAGGCUAGGGAGUGACUCCAUGGGCGCGGAGACUUCGCCGAUAUCUGACGCAAAGCUCCUAGCGGAGUCAUUCUGCGUUCCCAGCUCUCCAAUAUUGGUUGAGGCUAUACGUUGCUUUCACAAAGUAACAGAGAGUCUACGACAGUUUCAAGGAGUGCAGUGCAUCACCAGCUGGAUCCAGAUUUUGGCUUCGCCGUCCUUGACCGCUGCCUUGGUGCAGGAAGCAGAUCAAGAGUUGCCUGCGUUUGUCGUGCACGAUAUUAUGAACAGAACGCCACUUUACAGAGAGGAGUUUAUAGCCCAGUUUGACUUGUGGAUGGCAAAUACUGCGUACAUUGCUGCACAAAAAUGGGAUCAAAUAUCCGCCGUCAAGGCGAGCAUUCGGAGUUUGGUCCGCCACAGUGUCAUGUUUGAGCCCUCGUGUCUUUUACCCUUGGUGACAAACAUAGACCAGGCUUUCAAGUUCAAAUCCCAUGGAUCGAAUCUGAAAUUGAGCGCUUUAUUUUUGGGUGAAUUGAUGUGGGACAUUGCCAGUUUGUCCUUUAAACACCAGCAUGUGAGCUGGUUGGUUCUUGCAGACGCGCAGAAAUAUCUCAUGUCUCUUGUGCCUGUAAAAAAAGAUGGACACAAGGACUUGUCUCUUAAAGGGUAUCUCGGGAUAGCUGUUGUUAUGUCCAGAGUCUCCCAGGACAAGGCGAGCCAGAUAUUCAAAGUGGCUGAGAGGCGAUACCCUGGACACGCGAGGUCCAAGAAAGAACAAGUUGCUUUUGAUGUUGCGUGCAUUUGGUUGGCUCGCGACGCAGAAAGCGCGGUUAAUUGCUUCAAAGAGGGCGUGGAAACGAACCAAGAGUCUUGUAAAUUGUGGAUUGCAAUGGUGCAAAAGCUACGAGCCCUAGGCGCCAUGAACGAAGAGCGAGCCAGGAUCUUGUUUCAGCGGUUCGCAGAGUCCAAUGCCAAAGUUGCUGGUGAUUUUAUAACAGAAUUGAUCCGUCCUGUGAGGAGCAUGGCGCUUUUCGAGGAAAUGCAGCAGAGAUUGUCCACGCCGUUGGGGCCACCAAAGAAGCAUUUGUUUGUUGGGAAAUAUCUCCAACUCUUGAGUGACCAGUCUGCGUCAGGGAGUCAUUGCCAUGCACCUUCGAAUGGAAACUCCGAGCCGCAUGAGCACAUGGCUCAUUUGUUUGCACAAUGUCCCGAGAAAUCUAUCCACUUGACCAGUGCCUAUCUUCGGGCCUUACUCAGCGUGGCCCCGCAGCUGGUGUUUGACGUUUACAGAAAGGAGGUGCUCGAGCCGGGGCAUCUACCCAACGCCACCUGUUUGGAGGUGCUACUCGAGCUCGCUAUCAAAUACGAUAGACACACCUUGACCAACCUGCUUGGUCACGUGCCACAAUUUGCCAUACACGAAUUCCAAAAGAACGUGAAAAGCUCACGUGACUCCUGGGGGAUCUUUCCAAGCAACAAGAUGUGGAGAAGCUACAUCACUUUGCUAGCAAACCACGAAUACGUCUCAGAACUUUCCAAGGUGAUGAAGUGGUGGCUCGACAUCAGAUUCGAACCCGAGAGGAAAACACUAAUGGAGUUGUUGGCCGCGUUGCCGUUUGACUUUGCCGAAAGACAUAUAACUCACCACGAAAAGGCAAACCUGAGCCAAGACUGGGACUGGCCCUCGAUGAGAGAAUUUGAAAGAUACUUGCUGCUGAAAAACCUGCUAAACCUCUUCAAUCUGUCUUGA